UGCAGCAUUUCCCUGUUCUGGUUGUGCUGGUAUUUGUAGUGGAAGUGAUGAGAGAAUAGAUGAGGGUGUGCAGGUUAUAGCUGAAUACAUUAGUCCAGUGGUUCUCAACCUGGGGUACAAGUACCCCCAGGGGCACUUAGCAGUUCUCCAGGGGGUUCUUGAAAAAAAAAUCAUUAAUGGCAGCCACUGGUUACUGGUCUGGACCUCUUUGAAAGAAAUGGUAGGCUGACGUCACUGCACCGAGGAGCAGGGGGACAGCAAAGGGGAAGCGCGGGCACUGGGCUGCUGUGGGCAGGAACUACCAUCAGCUUUGUUACGCCACUACCCCUGCAGACCGGGGACCUACUGCUAUGAGCCAUAACAAGAGGUCCCCAGUCCAGAGGAGCAGGGGAGCACCAAAGCGGGACAGUAUGAUGGCCUACAACUAUAUAUGGGGGCAGUUUGGGGGCCUACAGCUAUAUUUGGGGGCACAGAGGGGGCCUAACAACUUUAUGGGGAAACAAAUCGGAUACUAUUUGCGUGUGUGACAAUAAACAUGGGGAGUUUGUAAAUAGGUGGGUAUUGUACUGCAGAAAGGAGCCUAAAAUGUUUGUCUGGCUGAUUUUGUGGAGAAGUCUUGUAUGGGCGAAAUCUUAAUGGCGGUCUAGGCCAGAUAGUGAAGAAAAGAAAAGUAAACAACUCCCAUGAGAGAAGACGUCACCUGUAAAUCGGGGGACUGGGGAGAUAGGGAGAGGAACAGGGGGUCUGUUAUAGAGGAAAGUAAAGCAUAUGAUUUAUACUAUAAUCAUUAUAGAAGGUCUCUAAUAUGGGGGUACAAUUUUUUGGGUAUGGGCUGUCAAGCAACUCAGUCUCUCAGGCAAAAAAGGUUGAGAACCACUGAAUUAGUCUAUGGUGUUCAGUAACCUCAUAGGACACAGUACAGACCUGUCCCUGUUGCGAUCAGCACUGAGAAGAGCUGAGAGCGUUGAGCUCAGGUCACAUUCGGCUACAGUUGUUGGAGAAUUUGGUCGAAUUGCAGUAGAAUUUCUACGGAAAGGGUCAAAUCCAAAAGUCUAUGAAGGAGCUGCAAGGAAGCUGGAGGUGAGCAGUACCACGAUACAAGAGGCUGUAGAAGGUCUCACAUAUCUACUCGCAGAGAGCUCCAAGCUUAUGAUCUCUGAGGUUGAUUUCCAAGACUCUGUGCUUGUUUUGGGCUUUCCUGAAGAACUGAAUAAAGUCCUUCUGCAAUUGUAUUUGGACAAUAGGAAAGAGAUCCGCCGAAUUCUCAGUGAGCUAGAACCUAAUCUUCCUCAUUACCAUAACCUUGAGUGGCGGCUGGAUGUCCAGCUGGCCAGCAGAAGCCUCCGGCACCAGAUAAAGCCCACCAUCACCAUGAAGCUUCAUCUGGAGGAGAACAACAAAUUAAAGACCAGCAUAUUACAGACAGACCCCGCCACAUUAAUCCAUAUCAUCCAGGAACUGGAACAAGCGCUUGCUGAGAUGAAAACAAACCACUGCCGGCGAAUUGUGCGCAAUAUUAAGUAAACUCAUCAGAUUUUAUACUGUUGCGAUGGUAAUGAUGCAUACCCUAACAAUGAUAAUAUAUUGUAUAAUACUAUGUGGACCAAUGAUGCAGCAUCUGAUUCUCCACCAAAAGUUACAACUCUCAUCAGAUUGAUGUGUUGGGGGUUUGUACUUACUAUAGGUCAUGCGUUAAGAAGCAUUGGGACACAGCACAUAUUAACCUCAAGACCUUGUUGCAAGCUUGUAAAUAGAUUUGUUACAAUUCAUUGGUAUUAAUAAAAGGAAACUCUAUGAUUUUUAAGUUUGUUUUUUUUUUUUUUUUUGCAAAUAUGCACUUGUUUAGACUUAGAUCAGUGUGAUACUUCUAAGAAUUUUGCGCAUUUUUGCAACCAUGUUAUGCUCAUAAGUCCCAGACCAACCACUGGUCCAGUGACCCAAAAUGAAAGCACAUUAGAUCCUUCUGAUGCUUUUUUUUAUUUGGGUCAUUUGACUUAAGCCUUAUUAUGUGAAAAUGAAUCAGGCUCAGGUAUGUUGAAUUUCGACUUCAGCCAACCUCUUACCUGCAGUCAUAAAAAUGAGGACCGUAAUGCAUCGGAGAGGGGAUAAGUGUAUGAUGCCUGUGGAGAAGCUGAACUGUCGGGACCUCCAAGGUCUUGAGAAAUGGACUACUCAAAACCCCCAUCUGCACAGUCAAGUAAGCGUGCUGGUGCUCUAUUCAUUGUCUGCAUGGAUACAAAGUAUAGUUGUGUGUUGUACUCUAUGUUCAACAGUCCCAUAGUAAGCCACAGCACAGAUUUUAAAUAAUGCUGAUGUCAUGAUGGUCUAUUCUCAGGAUAGGUCAUAAGUUGCUUAUCUGGGGAGUGCUACAACCUGUUUCCCCCACCAUUCAACUGUUUGCCAUAGCCUCCUUAUUGUGAAUAAGGCUGGAAGCAGUUGGUUUCCUUCACUGCAUAGUGGUCGGGCCUGGCUACUUUAGCUGGAGCCGAGCUAAUGAUUUUCCUAGAGGGUCUUGCAGUGUACAGAAAAUAACAGUUUAAUAUUACAGCCUUCAUUGGUCAUGAUGCUUUUGGUAUUGCAGAGCGAGGGGGGAAACAGUCACAUCAAUUUACUUGGACUAUGCCUGAUGAGCAGCAACGAAGAGGAGAGCUAAAAGGAGGACAGCACCUCGCGUAAUGCAGUUUGGUAAAUGUACCCAACGGGUCCCCUUUGGUAGGUAGGACUCUCCCCUUUUAAGGCUCUUGGUUUAUAUGCAUAUCACCCCGUGUAGGGGUAGCGUUGAAUCUCUUUAGAGCUGCAAGCCGGCAGUGCCUGGACUGGUAUCCUGUGCAGGAACCCGUAAUGGAAAUGAGGAAUAGGAAGAAAAAAGGCACUGGAGAUGGUGCUGCUCAAUGAAGAUGGUCCAGAAGAUGUUGGAUGUAAAAUCGUUGUUUAUCUACAAAUAAAUCUAUAAAUAAAACAUGAUACCUAAAAGCAAUAA